AUGGAUGGUUAUCGUAGUCAUUUGUCCUCAAGCUUCCAGCAUUCUCAUUCAGGGUCGGUACGUCUACCUCAAUCCCCUUAUGCCUCUUCCCCAUCAUUUGAGGGCUCACAUCACAGUCAGAGUUCAUUUCAAUCAUUUAAAGGGUCUUUGAAAGUGUUGCUGUUGCAUGGGAAUUUAGAUAUCUUGGUCCGUGAUGCAAAAAACCUUCCCAACAUGGACAUAUUCCAUGAGACCUUACGAGACACGUUAGGGAAAGUAUCACUAGGCAUUACUAAAAAAAUUGAAGGGCACAUGCAUCAUAAGAUAACCAGCGAUCCAUAUGUCACAGUUUCAGUUUCCAAAGCUGUAGUUGCUCGUACUUUUGUGAUCAGCAACAAUGAGAACCCAGUUUGGUUGCAACAUUUGAAUUUUUCAGUGGCACAUUAUGCUGCAGAAGUGUGCUUUCACGUCAAAGACAAUGAUGUUGUCGGUUCGCAGGUAAUAGGGGUUGUAAACAUCCCAGUGGAGCAGAUAUACUCGGGAGCAAAAGUGGAGGGAUCCUUCCCAAUCCUCAAUGCUAAUGGGAAGCCUUGCAAACCCGGAGCGGAAUUGAGUCUUUCAAUUCAGUAUACUCCAAUAGACAGGUUGACCAUGUACCACAAUGGAGUUGGGUCAGGCCCUAACUAUCCCGGUGUUCUUGGUACCUAUUUUCCUCUUAGGAAGGGUGGGAGAGUUACACUUUAUCAAGAUGCCCAUGUUCCUGAUGGUUGUCUUCCAAACCUGAAGCUAGAUCAUGGGAUGCUGUUUGAGCAUGACAAGUGUUGGCAUGGCAUCUUUGAUGCAAUAAGUCAGGCUCGUCAUUUAAUUUACAUCACAGGGUGGUCUGUGUUCCACGAAGUCAGACUCGUUCGUGAUGUUGCUUAUGCAUCAGCCAGAUCAAACUGUACCCUGGGAGAUCUUCUCAAGUCCAAGUCUGAGGAAGGUGUGAGAGUUCUGCUUCUUGUAUGGGAUGAUCCUUCUUCAAAGAACAUCUUGGGCUAUAAGACGGAUGGAAUCAUGCAAACCCAUGAUGAAGAGACCAGACGUUUCUUCAAGCACUCUUCAGUGCAAGUUAUACUCUGCCCCCGAUCCGGUGGAAAACAACAUAGCUGGAUCAAACAGCAGGAAGUUGGAGUAAUCUACACUCAUCAUCAGAAAACUGUGAUUGUGGAUGCGGACGCUGGUUAUAAUAAGAGAAAAAUCAUAGCUUUUGUUGGAGGACUUGAUUUAUGUGGUGGGCGGUAUGAUACUCCAAGUCAUUCCCUAUUUAGGACACUGCAAACUGUUCAUAAGGAUGACUACCAUAACCCUAAUUUCUCGGGGCCAACUUCUGGUUGUCCAAGGGAACCAUGGCAUGAUCUGCACUGUAAAAUUGAUGGUCCAGCAGCAUAUGAUGUUCUUACCAACUUUGAAGAGCGAUGGCAUAAAGCUUCAAAACCUCACGGGAUUAAAAAAUUAAAAAAAUCAAACGAGGAUGCUUUGCUCAGGUUAGAAAGUAUUCCUGACAUCAUUGGUUUGCUUGAUACUCCUUACCUAAGUAAGAAUGAUCCAGAGACUUGGCAUGUCCAGGUUUUCCGUUCAAUUGAUUCAACUUCUGUGAAAGGCUUUCCAAAGGACCCAAAAGAGGCUACAAGCAAGAACUUGGUAUGUGAUAAAAAUGUGGUGAUUGACAUGAGCAUACAUACAGCAUAUGUGAAGGCCAUCCGAUCUGCCCAACAUUUCAUUUAUAUAGAGAACCAAUACUUCCUCGGGUCUUCCUAUAAUUGGUCUCAACAUAAAGACUUAGGUGCAAACAAUUUAAUACCAAUGGAAAUUGCUCUAAAAAUUGCCAAUAAAAUCAGAGCAAAUGAGAGAUUUGCUGUCUACAUAGUUAUUCCAAUGUGGCCAGAGGGUGUUCCAACAAGUGCUACCACACAGAGGAUUCUCUAUUGGCAGAAUAAAACGAUGCAAAUGAUGUAUGAAACAAUUUACAAAGCUCUGAGAGAGGUUGAGCUUGAGAAGACUUAUACACCAGAAGACUAUUUGAAUUUCUUCUGCCUUGGCAAUCGUGAGGCUCUAGAUGGGAAUUGCAUCCCAGAUGUACAAAGUCCAAAUGCAGCAAAUACUCCUCAGGCAUUCUCCCAGAAAAGUCGACGCUUUAUGAUAUAUGUUCAUUCAAAAGGCAUGAUAGUGGAUGAUGAGUAUGUAAUCUUGGGGUCUGCAAACAUCAAUCAGCGAUCCAUGGAAGGCACGAGAGACACAGAGAUUGCAAUGGGUGCCUAUCAGCCUGUACAUUCAGGGGGAAGAAAAGGAUCUAAUCCACGUGGACAGAUUUAUGGGUAUAGGAUGUCUCUGUGGGCAGAACACAUUGGAGCUAUUGAGGAAUGUUUUAAACACCCAGAAAGCCUUGAAUGUGUUAGACGGGUUAGGUCCAUGGGGGAGCAGAACUGGAGACAAUUUGCUUCCAAUGAAGUAACAGAGUUGAGAGGACACCUCAUGAAGUACCCAAUCGAAGUUGACCCAAAGGGAAAUGUGAAGCCUCUUCGUGGAUGUGGAAGUUUCCCAGAUGUCGGAGGGACCAUAGUGGGAACUUUGGGAAAUUUUUCGGUCAUUCAAGAAAAUCUUACUAUCUAAUCCACGAAUCAAUCUAUGAUUGCAGCAACAACCCUGCACAGUCCACAACUUAUCUUGAAUUACGGAGCUCAGCAGUAGAAACCAAUCAAGCUAAAGUUCAGCAGAUGCCACAUAUGAACUAGGUUUCAUUCAGUUGCCCUUCUUAACUGUAAUUUUUGUUUAUGUUUGCACCCCAUUAUUUGUUGUCACAAUUCAUCUCAAUCAUACCAAAUCCACUCUGAAGAUGUAUUGAUUAGAGAGCUAUAUGUUGUAUAAUUACAUUGGGUGGAGUUUGGAGAUAAAUAUUGUGUACAUUUAUUUGCAUAGAGUAAUGGAAGGAUUAAA